UUCAGCGACUUUGAUGUCAUUGUGGACGGCUUCACCUACCGUUGCCAUAAGCACCUCCUGAACGCGACCUCCGGGUAUUUCCAGUCUGUAUUUCGGUCAGGGAUGAAAGAGUCUAUUGAGAAUCGCUUGGAGUUGAAACUGAUGUCAAGGGACAUUUUUGAAGUCAUUGGCAGGGCUCUGUACACCGGAGUAUCUGGGCUGACUAAAGACAACAUACAGGACAUCUGGCCGGCCACCCAACUUCUUCAGAUAAAGCACCUGAGUGACGAGUGUGAACAUUUUGCACUGCAACACGUCGAUAACGGGAACUGUGUAGAGAUGUACUACUUUGCCAAAAGCAUUUUUUCCCCCAACGUCGCUAAUCGUGCAAACAACUUUAUGAUUUUUGGCUUUGAGGCAAUGAUCAAAACAGAAGCCUUUCUUCAGCUGAUGACACCGGACGUGUUUGCGGAUUUGCUAGAGAAUCGGCAUUUAAAUGUGUCUAGCGAAGAUGUUGCCGUAAACAGCAUUCUGAAAUGG